AUGAAUAAUCGAAUCUGGAUCUUUGCUAUCUUUGCUUCAGAACAGUUGAAAGGUGAAAUAAAUACUGACGAUUUGAAACUGAUCUUUGCUUUGGUUAGAGCACUUGGAGGUUUUGAUUUAAGUGAUCUGAAUGAAAAACUUUAA